AUGUCUAACGUCUAUGAAGCAAUCAAAAGCCUUAAUUUCACAAUAGAGGAAAGAACUGCUCUACGCACCUUCUUCAUUAACAAUCCAGAAAAAAAAGCUGAAACGGAACUCAUCCUUCCUACCUGUAAUGAUGAAGAGGUAGUUGCUUUAUUGAAAGGUCUCCUAAAGCCUG